AGAUGUAAAAUAGACAUCAAAGAACAACAAUUUUUUAACAUUAGGAAUUAAAGGGCUUAAGGUUGUUUAACUUUAAAUAAUAGACAUUUACGAGCUGUCUAAUAAAAUAGAGGUUCCUGGGGAACUUGAGCAAUUUACAAAAUUGGCUGGACUAUUUGUUAAGGAGUUUCUGAAACCAUAAAUGCAAUUAAUAUUAGUACAAUAAAUAUUCUUGGCUUCGUAAACUCCAUUAUAUAUAGUAGUCCAUUAAGAAUUAAGCUAACAAUACAUCUUUGUUAGGC